AUGAAAUUAUUAAACUCACUAAUUUUAUUAGUUUUAACUUGUUUGGUAUCGUCAAUCAAUACUCAAUUCAUUUCCAUUCAAAAGUAUGAUUUUAGUGGAAAUUGUAAAAAUAGCUCAGAUUCAGCAAGUAGUUUUGAAGCAUCAAGCGAAUCAGCAGCAAUUUGUAUGCAAAAUGAUUUAUUAUCUGGUAUAGUUACAAAUGAGGGUGUUUGCUUAAUAUUUAAUGAAGUUCCAACUACAUUCAUUAUAUCAACAAAAGGUGAUUACAUUGUUCGUUCAAUUUAUGAUAUAAACGAUAAUAAUUGUCAAGGUGGUAUUAUUGAAAAUAAAGCAAUUGAAAUUGAUGAAUGUUUUGUUGAGUGUGCUGAUGAUUACCAUGGAAGUACAUAUUUAUUUUCAACUGAAACAUCUUUAAAUUACCCAUCUAAUACCUUCAUGGAAAUAUCUUACAAUGGUGAAUGUGAUGGACAAUGGAAAACUAGUUUCAAUUAUCUUCAAUAUUACAUUGUAAAUAAAUGUAAUGUUGCACAUGAAAUUGAAACUCAUACCUUUUCUGUAGGUUGUAAUAGUACUUCUUCUUGGGUUAGUGAAUACGCUGGUGAAGUUUGUACCGUUGAACCAACUGUUACCACAUCUUAUCCAAUAGUUGAUAAUUGUGGAGAUUUAGAUAAUUCCAACUUUAUUGAUUAUUGUAACAUUUAA